CUCUUAUUUUGGGAAAUGGAAACAAAAUAAUUGUAAAACGUUACAUAAACAAGGAAGGGAGAGUGUUCUAAAGUUUCCAGCUUUUCGAUAUACAAAUUUAUAAGCUCUCGUUAUCUGGGUGAGCAACUCGUGUGGGGUUUUUGCUUUUGGGGAAGUUGGGGAAAGUUUGAAUAGUCUCUGUGGAGACUGCUUUUUCUAACUGCUGCUUUUUUCUCUUUUUGAGUCUUUGGCUUCUUAAAUAGCAAUAUAAAAUCAUGGGUUGGAUGAUGAUUCCCUGUUCUGGUAAUUCCAACUGUAAAGCAAAAACCAAGAAGAAAAGGAAGAACAAGAUUGAGUUGCAGGAUAAGCCACUUGAUCAGAUCAAACCCACUUCAGGUUUUUCUAAGACUAGUUCCAUUUUGAGUGUCAAGGAGGAUCCAAAAGAUGGAGGGUCUGAUCACAUUGCAGCACAGACUUUUGUCUUCCGUGAAUUGGCAGCUGCAACUAGAAAUUUCAGGUCAGAAUGUCUUUUGGGUGAAGGUGGAUUUGGUCGAGUAUACAAAGGACGUUUGGAAAGUACAAAUCAGGUAGUAGCUAUCAAACAACUUGAUCGUGAUGGAUUACAAGGGAACAGGGAAUUCCUUGUUGAAGUGUUGAUGUUGAGUCUUCUUCACCACCCCAAUCUUGUUAAUCUUAUUGGUUAUUGUGCGGAUGGAGAUCAAAGGCUUCUUGUUUAUGAAUAUAUGCCCCUAGGGUCUUUGGACGACCAUUUACAUGAUGUGUUACCUGGUAAGAGACGACUUGAUUGGAAUACGCGAAUGAAAAUAGCCACUGGGGCAGCGAAGGGAUUGGAGUAUCUACAUGACAAAGCAAGUCCUCCUGUUAUAUACAGAGAUUUGAAAUGCUCCAACAUAUUGCUUGGUGAAGGGUAUCAUCCAAAGCUGUCUGAUUUUGGUUUAGCCAAACUUGGGCCUGUUGGGGAUAACACCCAUGUAUCUACAAGGGUAAUGGGAACGUAUGGAUAUUGUGCUCCAGAGUAUGCAAUGACAGGGCAAUUGACUCUUAAAUCAGACGUUUAUAGCUUUGGCGUAGUUCUUUUGGAAAUUAUAACAGGCAGGACAGCGAUUGACAAUACCAGAGGUGCAGGAGAACAGAAUUUGGUUGCGUGGGCAAGACCCUUGUUUAAUGACCGAAAGAAACUUUCACAAAUGGCAGACCCAACGCUCCAGGGUCAGUAUCCCCAAAGGGGCUUGUACCAAGCUCUUGCAGUUGCAGCAAUGUGUGUUCAGGAGCAGCCUAAUAUGCGGCCAGUUAUAGCUGAUGUCGUCACAGCUUUGACUUACCUUGCUUCACAGAAGUAUGACCAUGAAACAGAGCCAGUCCAAAGCUCCCGUCUUGCCCCUUGUACUCCCCCUAGAACCAAGAGGGAUAGUGAAAGGAAAGCUCAAUUGCGGUAGUGUUUCUCUUCAUUGUUUUUUCUUCUUGAAUAUAUACAGAGCCGGAAUGCUGUACUAUAUCCUUGUGUGCCUUAGUGCAGUGAUUUUUCAUUUGUAUUUUUACAUCUUUAUUCUUCAUUAUCUCUAGAUCCCGUAGGUUUCGCUUCAUACUACCUUCUCUUUUCAAGUUUUCGGGGGUAUGGUUCUGCUGUGUUGUGUAAAAUGUAAUUUCUAAACCCUGUCAAGAUUGCUUUGUAUUGCUUUUUCUUUUGUUUGUAAAUGUGAAUGGAUGGAUGAACUUGGCUUAGAGCGCAAGGCAAGUUUUAUAACAUAUAAACAAGAUUUA